CGCAACAAAGAUUUUACUGAGUUACAGUUCAUAUAAGGAAAUCAGUCCAUUAAAAUAAAUUAUUUAGGCCCUAAUCUAUGGAUUUCACAUGACUGGGAGUACAGAUAUGGAUCUGUUGGUCACAGAUGCCUUUAAAAAAAAUGUUUUUUAAAUGUUAAAGGGUAGGGGCGUAGAUCAGAAAACCAGUCAGUAUCUGGUGUGGCCACCAUUUACCUCAUGCAGCGCGACAUCUCCUUCACAUAGAGUUGAUCAGGCUGUUGAUUGUGGCAUGUGGAAUUUUGUCCCAUUCCUCUAAUGGCUGUGCGAAGUUGCUGGAUAUUGGCAAGGACUGGAACAUGUUGUUGUACACUUUGAUCCAGAGCAUCCCAGACAUGCUCAAUGGGUGACAUGUCUGGUGAGUAUAAAGGCCAUGGAAGAACUGGGACAGUUUCAGCUUCCAGGAAUGGUGUACAGGUCCUUGCGACAUGGGUCUGUGCAUUAUCAUGCUGAAAGAUGAGGUGAUGGCAGUGGAUGAAUGGCACGACAAUGGGCCUCCGGAUCUGGUCACAGUGAUGGCAGUGGAUGAAUGGCACGACAAUGGGCCUCAGGAUCCGGUCACAGUGAUGGCAGUGGAUGAAUGGCACGACAAUGGGCCUCAGGAUCUGGUCACGGUAUUGCUGUGCGUUCAAUUUGCCAUAGAUAAAAUGCCAUUGUGUUCGUUGUCCGUAGCUUAUGCCUGCCCAUACCAUUACCUUACCGCCACCAUGGGGCACUCUGUUCACAACAUUGACAUCAGAAAACCGCUCACCCACACAACACAAUGCCAUCUACCUUGUACAGUUGAAACCAGGAUUAAUCUUAAGAGUACACUUCUCCAGCGUGCCAGUGGCCAUCGAAGGUGAGCGUUUGCCAACGAGUCGUUUACGAUGCCGAAUUUCAGUCAGGUCAAGACACCGGUGAGGACGACAAGCUCGCAGAUCAACUUCCCUGAGAUGAUUUCUGACAGUUUGUGCAGAAAUUCUUCAGUUGUGCAAACACAGUUUCAUCAGCCAUCCCGCAGGUGAAGAAGCCAGCUCUGGAGGUCCUGGGCUGGCGUGGUUCCACGUGGUCUUGGGGUGUGAGGCCAGUUGGACAUAUUCACAAAUUCACAAAAAUGACGUUGGAGGCAGCGUAUGGUAGAAAAAUUAACAAUUAUCUGGCAACAGCUCUGGUGGACAUUCCUGCUGUCGGCAUGGCAAUUGCAUGCUCCCUCAAAACUUGAAACAUCUUUGGCAUUGUGGCCUUUUUAUUGUUCCCAGUACAAGGUGCACCUGUGUAAAGAUCAUGCUGUUUAAUCAGUUUCUUUAUAUGCCACACCUGUCAGGUGGAUGGGUUAUUUUGGCAAAGGAGAAAUGCUCACUAACCGGGAUGUAAACACAUUUUUGCGCAACAUUUGAGAGAAGUAAGGUUUUUGUGCAUUUGGAACAUUUCUGGGAUAAUUUAUUUCAGGUCAUGAAACAUGGGACCAACCCUUUACAUGUUGUGUUUAUAUUUUUGAUCAGUGUAGUUAAGUUUUAUACAAAUACAGUUGGGGACAGUAAACAAGUUAACAAGCUAGACUUUUAUUAGUUAUGUUUUGAUAAUAAGAAGUUGUAUGGGAACUGGGUUGGGUGGAAACUGGGUUGCCCUGCCAGUUUAACUACCAUCAUAGGAAACAUAUUUUGUCUGUCCAAAGCAUGUACAGAACAGAGGGUGUGGUAAACUAGUGCUCCCACUACAUAUUCAGUGGCAUGAUCUUGCCUCACUGCAUUUUGUGUGCAGAAGUUAGAAUUGUAUAAUCUUACUAAAAUGGGAGUGUUUCUCUCUGUGGAUCUGCUCUGCAACAUGAAUCCAGGCUAGAGCAGAAAUGUGGGUGAAAUUGGAUGAUCAGGAGUGGAGGGGAAAUCAGUGAAGAGGCGGACAAUGCUAGUGUAAACAAAUCAUGUUCUGUCAAGCUUUUUUUUUCAAUCUUGGUCCUAUGUAUUUGGCCCUUCGAUUUGUACCCAAAGGGAAAUGGGCCAUAGAGCUUUCCACACUUAUCUUAACAGAUUUCAGGAUGAAAUUUGAUAUGUAAAACAUAUCAACUUUGACUCACUCCUAUUUUGGAGUGUAUCUUAGUCCACAAAUAUCAGUGGGAAAACACAGGUUGUAGGCUAAACAAUGUAGCUUACUAAUGGACCAGUUUGUUUAGCAUGGCCCAGUGACCCAGUUGGGUGGAGAUUUCACUUAAGGCCAAUGGAAUGGUCUAAAAUGUGCAAACUCCACCCACCCGGGGCACCAGGCCAUGCAAAACGAACACGCCCCGUGAGUAAAGCCUAAGUAGCUGACGUAAAUAAACAUCUGAAUAGAAAUAAGCCUACUUACAUGUCUACUCCACCCUCCAACUAUAUAAUACAGCCUACUCUAGAUAGUAUUUUAUUAAGCACAAUAACAUUUCAACGGGUAGGCCUACAGAUCCGAAUGCACAAUAAACGUGGAUGAAAUGAUGAAUCUGGGAUAUAAAAUCAUGUUCUUUUUAUCAAUUGCCAUACAUCCCUCAGCUGAAGUUCCAUCGAAAUGUGGUACGCCGCCGUCCUUUCCACACAUGGAAGUCAGGGCCAAAUACCUGAGACAGAAAAACAUAUUCAGCGAAGGAGCUAAAGUCCUCUACAGAUGUGUUGAGGGCUACACUCAGUACAAAGGCAGUCGUUCUAUCAUGUGUGAAGCUGGAAAAUGGACAAUGUUAUCCAUGAAGUGUGAAAAGAAAACGUGUGGAUCUGCUGGGGAGUUGUUCAAUGGACACUAUGAUUACACAGGGGCUUCGCUCAGGGACAAGGCAUAUGCAGUGUGCAAUGAGGGGUUCACACUGAAGGGGAUGGAAUACAGAAUGUGUAAAGAGUCUGGCUGGAGUGGAGAGAUUCCCACUUGUGAAGUAGGAGGUAAACCACAAGUGGUUCCAGCAGAAGUGAUCUGCCCUGAUCCUUCUGUGGCCAACGGUGUGAAGCUGAGUGAGGCUGACUCAGUGUACAGGGUCGGAGACUCAGUGACCUUCACCUGCUCUGAGGGUUUCCUCCUGACUGGAGCCCAGCAGCUUACCUGUGGACCAGAUGGCCAGUGGCAGCCCCAGCUCCCACUCUGUCAUUCCUCUGAUAUAACUCAAAGCUCCAAGCCUGAUGGCAGAUGUAGAGUGCCACCGUACCUCCCCAACGCACACCUUUCUGACCGCUAUAUAACACAGACAGACUUUGGUCCUGGUGAACGGGUCCGUUACAGUUGUGCCCUGGGACACGUGAGAGCAGGAGGCGCUUACUAUAGUACCUGUGUCGGUGGGAAGUGGACGCCAGUAACUCUGAGAUGUGAACGCAAAUCAUGUGGAUCUGCUGGAGAGAUCUUUUAUGGUGAUUUCAUAUAUACCGGUGUACAGUUUGGGGAUACAGCUACAGGGGUUUGUAAUGAGGGGUAUCAACUGGUUGGACGGGAUGUAAGAAAUUGCAUGACUGAUGGCUGGGAUGGGCGUGUUCCGGUCUGUGAAGCUGUGCAGUGUGCUGAACCUCCUACGGUGGUAAAUGGAGUAACAAAUGGCUAUUUGGAACCACCUUACUUGUACAGCACUGUGAUUGGCUAUCGAUGUCGCGUAGGGAAACUGAUUGGAGCGAGAGAGAUCUACUGUACCAAAGAUGGGACAUGGAGUGAUCCACCUCCAGAGUGCAAAGGGGCAUGGUGAUGGAUGGACCAGGCACCAUCACAUGUGGCCUGGAAGGGAAAUGGACUCCUGCCCUAACCACAUGAAAAUACCGGAAGAAAUGAAAGUCAGCCACAAUUGAUCAUUAUCCUGAAUGGCACCAACUCAACAACUUUACCAUAAUAACUUUUACCAUAAUAAUUCAACUCAAUCCAUUUUAUCUAGUGGUGUAAAGUACUUAAGUAAAAAUACUUUAAAGUUCUACUUAAGUUGUUUUUUUGGGUAUCUGUACUUUACUUUUUAUAUUUUUGACAACUAUUAUUUCACUACAUUCCUAAAGCAAAUGAUGUACUUUUUUACUUCAUACAUUUUCCCUGAACCUGAUAAGUACGAAUUACAUUUAGAAUUCUUAGCACGACAGGAAAAUGGUCUAAUUCACAACCUUUUCAAGAGAACAUCCCUAGUCAUCCCUACUGCCUCUGAUCUGGCGGACUCACUAAACACAUACUUUGUUUGUAAAUGGUGUCUGAGUGUUGGAGUGUGUACCUGGCUAUCCAUAAAAAUUAAAAAUUAAAACAAGAAAA